AUGAAAUUUUUAUUAGCCACUGACGGCUCAGAGUCCUCUUUAAAAGCAUUGGGAGAGACAUUUCAAAUGUUAAAUAGUAUUCGAGACACAUUGGAUUUAAUUACAGUAGUUGAUAAUCCAACUUUAAUUACUGAAGAGGUAAUUUCAUCAAAUAUCAUUGAAUACUCGAAUAUUGCCGAGAAAAUAUUAGACCAUUGUGAGAGACGUUGUCUUGAACAUAAUUUUAUUUUAGGGAAAAAUUUAAAUAGAAAAAUAUUAAUUGGUGAUGUAAGAGAAGAAAUAAUAAAAUAUAUAAAUCAAAAAGGCCCUUUUGAUAUGAUUGUGGUUGGUUCUAGAGGUUUAGGUUUAUUUAAAAAAUUAAUGCUGGGUUCAGUAUCGGAAUACCUUGUCCAUCAUUCUCCAAUACCUGUAUAUGUAGUUAAAUUAGAUGGUAAUUGCAGAAUUACCGAACCUCAACUAUAA